AUGGAAGAAAUAAAUAAAACAGCAAAAAUACAAUUCUUCUUUCAUCCAUUCUCAACUGACCCUAAGGUACAGUUGGUGAUUUUUGCGGCCUUCCUGGUGAUGUACCUGACCAGUCUCAGUGGGAAUGCCACAGUUGCCGUCAUUGUCCAGGUCAACCACUCCCUCCACACACCCAUGUACUUUUUCCUGGCUAACCUAGCAGUUCUGGAAAUUUUCUAUACAUCCUCCAUCGCCCCACUGGCCUUGGCAAACCUUCUUUCAAUGGGUAAAACUCCUGUUUCCAUGGCUGGAUGUGGCACCCAAAUGUUUUUCUUUGUCUUCUUGGGUGGGGCUGAUUGCCUGCUGCUUGCAGUCAUGGCUUAUGACCGGUUCGUAGCAAUCUGCUACCCUCUGAGAUACACCCUCCUCAUGAGCUGGCCCUUGUGUGUGGAGCUGAUGGUGGGGUCCCUGGUGCUGGGGUUCCUGCUGUCCCUGCCACUGACCAUUUUAAUCUUCCAUCUCCCCUUCUGCAACAACGAUGAAAUCUACCACUUCUACUGUGACAUGCCUGCAGUCAUGCGCCUGGCUUGUGCAGACACACGUGUUCACAAGACUGCCCUGUACAUCAUCAGCUUCACCGUCCUAAGCAUCCCCCUCUCUCUGAUCUCCAUCUCCUAUGUCUUUAUCGUGGCAGCCAUUGUACGGAUCCGGUCAGCAGAGGGGCGCCACCGAGCCUUCUCCACCUGCUCCUCUCACGUCUUGGUGGUCCUCCUGCAGUACGGCUGCACCAGCUUCAUCUAUUUGUCCCCCAGUUCCAGCUACUCUCCUGAGAUGGGCCGGGCAGUGUCCAUGGUCUACACUUUUAUCACUCCCAUUUUAAACCCCUUGAUCUAUAGUGUGAGGAACAAGGAACUGAAAGAUGCCCUAAGGAAGGCACUGCAAAAAUUCUCGGAAGGAUGA